CGGGCUCUGCUCUCUGGCUGACAUGAUCCGGGCCGGCAGCUUGUGCCGGGGCUUGGGGCUCCUCCGAGCCCGUCCCCUGCCGGACCCCGCCGUGGGCUCCGCGCCGCCGUCCCGCCGCCUCCGCACUGGCCACCCCCAGCGCCGGGACCUCUUCAGCGACCUGGAGAAAGAGGUAGUCAAGUUCCGGAAGAAGUUAAAAGAGACCCUCCCGGGCAGUGAUUGGGACCCCUUAGGUACCACAAAGGGUCUCCCUCCUGAGCGUGCAGAUGUGGUCAUCGUGGGGGGAGGGGUGAUGGGCUGGUCCGUCGCCUACUGGCUGAAGGCGCUAGAGCCCAAGAGAGAUGCGCUCCGAGUGGUCGUGAUUGAGAAGGACCCAACGUACUCACGAGCCUCCACGGUGCUCUCUGCAGGAGGGAUUCGGCAGCAGUUCUCCUUGCCAGAAAACAUCCAGAUGUCCCUCUACUCUGCGUUCUUCCUGCGCACGAUCAACGAGCAUUUGGGGGUUGUGAAUGAGCCACCCAUAGAUAUUCAGUUUAACCCCUCGGGGUACCUUUUCCUGGCCUCAGAAGAUGAAGCUGCCAAGCUGGAGAACAACGUGCGCAUUCAGAGGGCCGAAGGAGCUGAGGUCUCCCUUCUGUCACCAGCGCAACUGAAAAAGAAGUAUCCAUGGAUAAAUACCGAUGGUGUGGCUGUGGCAUCCUAUGGCCUAGAAAAUGAGGGUUGGUUUGAUCCUUGGUCCCUCCUCAAUGCCUUCAGGAGAAAAGCAAUGUCUAUGGGUGUCUAUCAGUGCUUCGGAGAAGUGAUAUCGUUUACCAUCUCCUCCCGAGAAAUAAUGGUGCCUGAAGGGGAGCUGACCUUCUCCCACAUUAAUUAUGUCCGCGUCCAAAUGCCCAACAGUUUGGAGUACCAGCCGGUGGAGUGCUCCUUGGUGGUCAAUGCAGCUGGUCCCUGGUCACAGAAGCUGGCCGAGAUGGCCGGUGUUGGGAUCGGGCCACCCGACACCCCGGAAGGGAUCAAGCUACCAGUGGAGCCCAGGAAAAGGUACAUCUUUGUGUGGCACUGUCCCGAUGGGCCCGGCCUGGACUGUCCCAUGCUGGUUGACGCCACGGGGACUUAUUUCCGCCGAGAAGGCCUGGGAGGCAACUAUUUGGGAGGCCUCAGCCCAGCAGAGGAGGAAGAGCCAGACAUCCAAGACCUGGAAGUCGAUCAUGAUUUCUUCCAGGAGAAGAUCUGGCCCUGUCUGGCCCAUCGGGUGCCAGUGUUUGAGUCCCUGAAGGUGAAGAGUGCCUGGGCUGGCUACUAUGACUACAACACGUUUGACCAGAACGCCGUGCUGGGCCCGCACCCGCUGGUGGAGAACAUGCUCUUCAUCACGGGGUUCAGCGGGCACGGGUUGCAGCAGUCGCCGGCGGCAGGCAGGGCUGUGGCCGAGCUCAUUCUGGAAGGCAAGUUCAAGACCAUCAACAUGGAGAAAUUCUCCUUCAAAAGGUUCGUCUCUGGGGAGCAGAUCCUCGAGAGGAACGUUGUCUGAGAGCUUGGAACUAAUCACCCAGCAGGUGGGUCCCACCUCCUCUCCUCCCCAGCUCCGUAACGCACUGUCUACUCCCGUGAGCAUCUUGGAGCUCUGCAGCCUGACAGCCAGCUUGUUAGUUCAGGAUCCUGAUGUGGAAACUGAGGUACAGAGAGAAGUGACUAGCCAUGGGCCAUGCCGUAUGUUGGUAUCUGAGCUGGGAAUAGAAUCCAGGCCCCUGCUCUACUCACUAGGCAAUGCUUCCUGUUGGGUUUGACUCCUGAAUUCCCCUCUCCCCUCUUCCCAGCUGUUGACCCAAUCACACCAUUAGCUGCAGGAGAAAACGUGUGCUCCUGCUCGGUGAUGGAGGUUGCAGCAGCAGCUCAGGGCUGGCAGCAGACUGUACUGUGUGCCCUUUCUACAUGCCUGGUGUCCCUGACGUCUCUCGAGGUCUCUGGUGCUGGCUCAUCACCCCAGAGAUUGUCAGCUUCCCCACAAAUCUGGGCCAGAUUCAGCCUGCUGGUGUGAGGCGAAAGGCCCCGUAUCCCACUUCACCCCUUAGAGCCAUUCACUCCUUGUUCCCAUAGCAGAAAUAGGCUCUCUUUCCAUCAGAGCCUAUGAUACAUCUGCCUGUCCCGUGUGUCUAACCUCUCCAAGCUCCAAGAGGCACCCACUCUUUUCUAGGCUCUGCUCAUCCUGAGAACAGGAAUUAACCAAUUUGGUUCGACAGCCUAUUGUCUUCCACCUCCUGCAUGUAGGGUGAAGUCCUUAACAGCUGGGAGACUAAGAACAUCCAUGUUAGAGGCUGUUCAUAUGGAUCCCUGGAUCUUAGAGUGCUUUAUCUUAAUCCCACUCUCCUGUUUCUUCAAGGCCUCAUUUUUCUGGUCAAAUUCCAAUUUGGCUAAUCAUUCUGCCUACCUCCAUAGCCCUUCCACUGUCCCUUGUCUUCACUUCCCAUCCCAAACUGUUGUAUGCUGUUAUAUGGAUGUCACAUUCCACCCCAGAGAUGGCUACACUCCAACAUUACUUAAAAUUCUACACACAGGGACCAUUUUAAUCCCCUCCCACUCCCAGUGGGGUUGCAAAAUGCUUUGGUGCCAUUUGGACUGAAGGCACUAUAGGAAUGGAAGUUCAUUGGCCAUGCUGGUCUUGGAGGCGGUGGAAAACAAACAUCCUGCCACAACAUGUGUUUUUACAGCCAGUGUCUUGUUAUUGUCCGUAGCGAUCCUCCCCUGAAUGCCCUCAGGAGCAGGCGAUAGCAGCACCCAGACAGGCAGAUCAUUAAAUUCCCAAAAUGUUAUGAGAUCCUUGAUUGUAAGGUGCCAAGAGGAGCAAAAGCUCAUGAAGCCCUGCAAGGAGCUGGACCGCUAAUUGUGGAUUCUUCCUGUUGUACAUGGAGCACUGGCCAAGGCAGGAGGAUAGUGCUGUUCCUCAGCCAGACACUGACUGGAUUACUCCAGGGGGAAUUCUGCACCACUGGGCAUGUACAGAAUUUGUCUCCCCCACAGCUUUCUUUACUUUCCUGCAGAAAAAUGACUUUCUGACAGGGAAGCCACAAGAGUGGUCCUGUGACCCUCCCAAGCAGUAUGUUUUGGGUGCCCAGGGCAACCAGCAGAGAGGUAAAUCACUAUGGGGCAGCGGGAGGGACUGGGGAAGACCUGGCUGGUGGCUCCUACCCUGUGCUGGGCUCAGCUGGUAGGCUGGGGAGGAUGGGACUUCCUCUUCCCCAGCACAGCAUCUGGUUCUGUGUCAGACCCUCCCCCAGCUGUAGGAAACUGCAAACUGUCCCCCGACCCCCUGUGCUUCCUUCAUGUAUUGCUCCUCAGCUGCAGGGGGGGGAUCACUGUACAGGGAGUGGGUCCCACAUCUGCCCAAACCCUGUGCAGCCAGACCCCUUCAUAUUCAGACCCUCUGGCUGAGCCUCACCCACCCCCUGCACUCAGGACUCCCCCCCGAGCCCCACUCCCCCUGCACCUGAACUGCCCCAGAUCCUCACCCUACUGAGCCCCAACAACCUGCAUCUGGACCCCCCAACUGAGCUUCCCACACCCAGACCACUACCUCCAUUGAGCCCUAAUCACCUUCACCUGGCCCCCCCUGCAGAGUCCUGUUAUGGUUGCACCGAGAACCUCCCAAAAAGCCCUUGUGCAUCGACCCACCCCCCUCAGCACCCAAAUAGCCAGAGCUGCCUGCACGCAAAGUGCCCCACACAGAACCCUCUCAACCCACACCUAGAUUCCCCCCUACCCUAAGCCCCUCCACACUUGGAUCCUGCCUUGCUGAGCCUGCCUGCCCACACCUGGCAUAGAGGGGCCCGUGCUGGGGUAUUUCUGGGGCAGGCCAGGGCUGGGUGCAGCCUCACCACUGAGUCUGUGUCCCGGGAGGGGGCUGCACAAAGAUCUCCCACAUCUGUGCAGCCAGUGAUCUGUGCUCCCCAAUGCCAUGCUGGAGCCACCACAUUUUAUUUGACUCCAUUUCAGAGGAACAGAAUUGAAGUCGGGGUGUGCACGGCCCAGAGAAGGAAGAUCAAAGCUAUUCCAGAGGUGACAGAUCACAGCUGGCCCAGAUGGGUGAGACACACACACUGGUGGUCUCCCGUGACUGGCACAGCAUGGCCUGGAUGCUUGGGCUGUCUAACAGCUGAGCUGCUGCCAAACCCUGCCUGGUUUGAGAUGGGCGUUCCCUGGGAAGUGGCCAUUGCUGGCAGUGGUCACCUCUGCCUUGGGCUGGGAACCAGCAGGGCCAGACUGCUGCUAUUAUCUAGAGCUCUACCACAGCUUUGAGCCCACUCUUGCUCUGCAGGGAGCUGGGCUAAGAGGAGUGUGAUGCCUGGGGGCCUGAGUAGGGUGGAGGAAGGAGUUUAGAAUGGGAAAUAGCUCCCAGCUGCUUCCCUAUCCCAACAGUGCUGCAAUCCUCUAGGAAGGGAGUGGGGGCAGAUGACUCAGGAGGGCUGUGCCCCCCACCUACCUCAUUGUACACCUGUGCUGCUUCUGUGCAGCUCCAAUUGCACAUCAGAGAUUUGUGUCAGAGCCUCACUUGUGAUUUGUACUGAAAUAAAGUGAUUAUGCAGUGGGG